AAGACUGAACAGUUUUAAGCGUUACUUUUCUUCAAGAAUCAACGGGUAGGAGGCUGAGAUAUCUUCAAAAAUAAUAGAGGGCAGGGGUAUGAAGACACACGCAAAGAGGGAGCGACGACUGCGGUUCGCUGCAAUCGUUGCUUUGGCUGGGGUCGUAAUAGUAUUGAUAGCAGGGAUGAUCUUGAUUCAGGAAGAAAUCACAAACUCGAGAGGCACUGUCGCAGGUGACGCGAGUGACGAUGAUAACAAAGCACGGGAUACUAGCCCCCUGACUGAGGAAGCAUCCAGGUACGAAGAGGUAACUAAAGGAAGGCACAAGCGGUUGUCCAGAGCUUUGAAACAAGGAGCACAGCGAUGUAAGCCUGGCGGCCGAUGCGAAGAGAAUAGAAUUUCUCUCUGCAGGAGAUCAUCGAAUGACUUGGUAGUGUUUCCAAACCUUCUAAAUCACCGAACACAAGAGAAGGCUACGAAAUUUCUUACAAAGUUUGAAACACUUCUAAACAGCAACUGCUCUCCCUUUCUCAGAUAUUUUCUGUGUUCUUUAGUGGCACCUCCCUCUAAUGGCCUCCGAAGGCCUAAUCCACCAUGCAAAGAGCUCUGUAUUAAGGCAACAAAGCCAUGUGGACAUCUUUUAAAGAAGUUUCGACUUCAGUUGCCACCUGCCAUGCGAUGCUCCCAUUUACCACCAAAAGGUGCAUCAAAGUGCUACAAUGGACCACAAGCUUCCAAAUGCUUUCGAAUGACGGUAGAUCUUUACCAAAGACAUCCAUGUGCUUCAUACGUUCCACCUUCGUUUCUUCAGUUUCCAAACUACUUUGGUCACAUGGACGCAGAAACAGCUUCUGAUGGCUUCGGAAGGUUUAGACGAAUCCUUGACACUGCCCUAAAUGACUGUGCACUCCUAUUAUCGCGAUUCUUGUGCAGUCUAUAUGGUCCUACUUGUAGGAAAAUGGUUCUUCCCGUUCCCCCCUGUAGAGAACUUUGCCAACAAACGCGGACACGAUGCCAACGGGUCUUCGAUCACCUUCGCUUUAAGUGGCCCCUGAAUCUUAAUUGCCAGCAAUUUCCAAGGAAAGGAGAAGUGCCUUGCUAUGAUGGACCUUCAACCGGAGUGAUUGCAAAGCCACAACCAGGCAAAUGUCAGUCCUUAUCCAUUCCUUUCUGUAAGAACGUACCCUAUAACAUGACGACAUUUCCAAACUUCUUCAUACACACAACGCAGGAAGAAGCAUCUCUCGAAGUUCAUCAACUUUGGCCACUUGUUGACAGGAAAUGUUCACGUGACGUGGAGUUCUUCUUUUGCUCCUUGUACGCUCCGAUGUGCACCACUCUAGACACGCCUCCAUUACCGUGCAGGGAGCUCUGCCUUCGAGUUAAGCGUGGGUGUGCUGUGGUACUGAAGGUGUUUAGAAGAAGAUGGCUUUCCACGCUGGCAUGCGAAAAGUUUCCGCUUCGAGAAAGUGGAGAGGUGUGCGUUGACAGACCCCAGGAAACCAGCCAACUCGCAAUUUCACAAUCACAGAAAAGGGGAGGGAAGUGUGAGGCGUUAGCUGCACCGAUUUGUAAAGAUGUCAACUACACAAUGACAAUGGUUCCUAACUUGUUCAAUCACAGUACUCAAGAACAGGCCGCCUCUGAAAUUCAUCCUUCCUUCUAUUUUGGUUUGCGUUGUGAGAGCCGAGAGAUGACCCUUUUCGUGUGUGCUCUUUAUUUUCCUCCAUGUGGAAUGCCGUACCAGCCUUGCAGAGAGCUUUGUGAGCGAGUGAAACGUCGAUGUCUUCCCAACAUUGAACUGUAUGGUUACCCUUGGCCAGAGGAAAUCGACUGUGACGAAUUCCCCUCCGCAGGGAGUGGCGCCAACUGCAUUGGAGCUCAGCCACUUAUGCCACCAACAACCAGUUCAACAGUUCAACUCGAGAACAGUGCAAAUCUGGGUGAAAUGGACAGGAUAUCUCUCGGCAUCGGUAAAUUUACCUUUAUGCAAGCCGAGUGGUCCAACAGGCUAUCAGCGAGGUCACAUAAGGAACUUAUCAUUGGCAAAAUGGUAAGGAUACUCACGAUGUCUUCUGAAAAGUCGAGUAAAGCAGAGUCUAAUAUUUACGGUGGGCGACGACUGCUGUUUGCUGUUAUUGUUUUGCUAGCCGGAUUGGCAGUAAUUCUUACUGCUUGUGUGAUCGUGAUGGACGAAGAAAUAAAAACCUUGAAAGGAAAUGUUGCAGAGUACCAGAAAUGGAAAGAUGAAGAUGGUGACAAAAAGACAGUUUCCACUCCUGCGACUGAGCACAGAUCCUCCCUCGAGGAAUUGUCUAAAAGGAAACGUGUUCGGCUUUCAAGAUCUAAGCAAAGUCGUUGUGAAUCUUUAAGGAUUCCAAUGUGUCGGAAUAUGCCUUACAGCUCAGCACAGUUUCCAAACUUCCUUAAUCACCAAACCCAAGAUGAUGCAAUUGCGCUGGCAAACGUGCUUGGUCCUCUGGUUAAAAGCGGGUGCUCCUCAUCCAUAGAACAUUUUCUGUGUUCAGUUCUGGCACCUCCCUGUGGUGGGGCCCAGCAGCCCAUACCUCCCUGUAAAGGACUUUGUAAGCGGGCGACUAAAAGUUGUAGGGACCUUCUUAAUAAGUUUCAGAUAACUUUAGAUCCCUCCAUGAGAUGCAAAAACUUGCCCAAAGAGGGCACAUCAAAGUGCUUCAACGGAUCAUGGCCGAAGAGCACAAACACACCAACACCAGCAUCGGCUCACUCAGCAACGAAAUGCCGACCAGUAACUCAUCAGUGCAACCGUUUCUUGCCUCCAAACUGGCAAGCACAGUUCCCAAACUACUUCGGUCACAAGGAUGCUAGAGAAGCUUCCGUUAGCUUCCAGAAGUUUGAGGGAAUUCUUCGAAAUGCUGAUAAAGAUUGUUCCGCGACUCUGUCCACCUUCCUUUGCGGACUCCACGUACCACCUUGCAGAAAGACCAAACGCCCUUUACUGCCCUGCAGAGAGUUUUGCCUGAAGGCAAGAUCACAAUGUAAGCGAGAAAUGCGCUUGUCAAAAAGAGGUGGCCUUCAAUGGCCUUCAAUCCUGAAGUGUAGGAAUUUCCCUGGGAAAGAUGAAGAACCGUGCUUCAAUGGACAGAUAAUACCAGAACCGACUACGAAGCCGCAGCCCACAGUUCCAGGAAAGUGCGAGGUCCUGACGGUUCCUUUGUGCAAAAAUAUACCUUACAACAUGACAGAGUUUCCAAACUUUUUCCGCCACAAGACUCAAGCUGAAGCAUCUCUCGAAGUUCAACAAUUUUCUCCUCUGGUACAAAUCAAUUGUUCACCGGACUUGGCGUUCUUCCUAUGUACAUUGUACACUCCCAUUUGCACUUCUCUGGACAAACCACCACUCCCGUGCAGAGAGCUCUGUGUACGUGUCAGAGAAGGAUGCCUUCCUCUUUUACUGAAAUUUAAUUUCAAAUGGCCGGAAGCCAUGAAUUGCGAACAGUUUUCUCGAAGGGGAGACAGUAUCUGUAUUGAUCGACCUGACGUAGCGACUGUUGCGACUCCGUCUCCGUCUCCGUCUCCGAGUCCGGUAAUUCAGCCUCAAGCGGGAAAAUGCGAACCUUUAAGGGUGCCCGCAUGCAGCGCCUUUCAUUACAGCAAGACGAAGAUUCCUAACUUCCUUCAUCAUCAAACCCAAGACCAAGCUUCUCUUGAAUUAAGCAAGUUUGAUGCAGUCAUCCAGACCAAUUGCUCCCAAGAAUUAGCCUUCUUCCUCUGUUCUUUGUUCGCCCCGCCCUGUAACCCACACCCAUACACUGCACCUUGUAAGGAACUCUGCAGUCGCGUCAGAAAACAGUGCAUUUCUAAAAUUAGACAGUUGGGGAUGAAAUGGCCGGUUUCUUGUUCAAAGUUUUCACGCAAAUCAGAAGUCCCUGUUUGUUUGGAUGCACCGCCCUCCCCUAAGGCUACCAUUCUCACCACCACGAAUACCUUAGGAAACGGAAAAUGCGAAACCACGGCCAUUCCUAUUUGUAAAGGUCUGCAGCAUUUUAAUAUGACGCUGUUCCCCAACUUCCUCAACCAUGACACACGGGAUGAAGCAGCUUUAGAAGUUCAGCAGUUUUCUCCUCUUGUUCAAUUCGGCUGUUCCCCAGAUCUGUCCUUUUUCUUGUGUUCUUUGUAUGCUCCCUCCUGCAGUGCACCGUUCAAACCAUGCAGAGACCUCUGCAUCAGUGUUAAAAAGGGCUGCCUCCCCAUACUUGAGGAAUUCGGUAUUCCUUGGCCGGAGAAAUUUGCUUGUGAUAAAUUCCCCGCUGCAGGUCCAGGAACACAGUGUACAGCUCCUCAGCGAUCUGUUAUAUCCAAUGCUAACCAAACUACAUCUGGGAGAUGCGAAGCCUUAACCAUUCCUUUGUGUCAAGAUCUGCACUACAAUAUGACGCUGUUUCCCAACUUCUUCAAUCAUCGCAAACAGGAAGAAGCAGCUUUAGAAGUUCACCAGUUUUUUCCUCUUGUAAAAGUCGGCUGUUCCCCAGAUCUGUCCCUUUUCCUGUGUUCUUUGUAUGCUCCAUCUUGCAUUGCUCCGUUUAAACCAUGCAGAGAUCUUUGUAUCAGCGUUAGACGUGGAUGUCUUCCCCUAAUGCAGCGAUUCGGUUCUACCUGGCCGAAAAAUAUGGCUUGUGAUAACUUCCCCAUCGCAGGCCAAGGAACUGAAUGCAUCGUUUCACCGUCGUCCGUUUUAUCCACUGCACCUUCAGCUACAAGAUCCAGCAAAUGAUAGUUUAUUGUUUUUUUCCUGACAUUACUUACACUUAAGUUUAAGCAGGAGUACAAUUUAAUCCUUUGGACAUCAGCGCGAUUUAGGCGGAAUGGGGACAACUCCACCUACUAGAGUUGGAAUCAUUAACCCUUUUCGGCCAAAUCCUUAAAUCUAGGACAAGAAAACUCGGCGAGAAAAAAAUUAUUAAGUCGACUGAAUCUGUACAGGUUAAUAGUUUCGUGAUAAGCGAUUCUCUCGAUUGAGCACCU